AUGAUUAUAAGGCGUUUAUUUUCAAUGUCAAAUUGCUCAUUCUUCUUGAAGAAACCUCAAUUUGAUGUAAAAAGAAUAAUAGAGAUGAUACCCCAGUAUGAAAAAUCUAUCCAGAAUAGAGAGCUGAUAAAAGCUGAUAGUAUCAUACGAAGCUUAAAAUUGCUGAGUGAACAGUAUCAAAAUAUAAAAGAGAUUGAUAAAGCUAUUGCGGAUAUUCAGAUACAGAGGAAAUCAAUCGAAGCUCGAAUUAAGAAAGAUAGAACAGAGAUUGCCGAAUACUCGGCUGCCUUGAAGGCCCUCAAAGAACAAUAUCAAGAUCAAGAUAGCAAAUUAUUGGAGUUGAAAAAUAAAAUCUCAGAGACUUGUAAAUCACUUCCAAAUAUCUUGGAUCCUACGGUCCCGUUAGGAGCCCCACAGAUUGAACAAUGGAUAAACCCUUUAGAAGCAUAUAAAACUUCAGAGGCUCAGGCGCAUGUUGGUAUCAUGCUUAAAAAGAAUAUGCUAGACCUACAGACUGCCUCGAACAUUGCAGGAAUGUCAUGGUACUAUCUAUUGAAUGACGGAGCACGUCUCGAACAAGCUUUGGUAGCAUAUGCGUUGAAAAAGGCAAACGAAAAUGGUUUUGCAAGCUGCACACCACCAAGCAUUACGAAAAAGGAGUUAAUAGAUGCAUGUGGGUUCAACCCAAGAGAUAUGAAUAACGAAAGGCAAAUUUACACUCUUCAAGACACCAACUUAGGAUUGGUUGCUACCGCAGAGAUAUCCAUGGCAGGUCUAGGCGCAAACAAGGUCCUGGAUUUAAACUCGGCAGAAUGUUCUAAGAAGCUCGUUGGAGUUAGUAGAUGUUACAGAGCUGAGGCGGGAGCCAGGGGAAGGGAUACGAAAGGUCUAUACCGUGUUCAUGAGUUUACGAAAGUUGAAUUAUUUUGCUGGAGCAAGCCAGAAAUCAGUGCAAAAAUCCUUGAGGAGAUAAAGCAAUUCCAAAUUUCUGUGGUCAAGGAAUUAGGACUACCGGCAAAAGUACUAAACAUGCCUUCAAACGAUCUCGGUAAUCCAGCCUUCAAGAAAUACGACAUUGAAGCUUGGAUGCCAGGAAGGGGAAAUUUUGGUGAGAUAAGUAGUGCCUCCAAUUGUACUGAUUUCCAAAGUAGAAGAUUAAAUACAAAGUACAAGGACGAUAGCACAGGAAAGCUGAAAUAUGUGCAUACGCUAAAUGGUACAGCAAUGGCCAUCCCAAGAAUGAUGGUAGCACUUGUAGAAAAUUUCUAUGACCCUAGCACCGGUAAGAUAUCUGUUCCUGAAUGUUUGAGGGAGUUUAUGAAUGGCCAACGAUACAUUUAA